AUGUCCGAGUCUGUUAUCGGGCAGGCUUCCGCCCAGGUCUUCAAGCACAAUGCCACGUCUGGCGCGUGGGACCCUGUGUCGCAGUCUGUGGCACGCAUCGGGUACUACCAUGACACGGCAGCAAACACGUACCGGAUGGUCGGGUACGAUGGCGAGCAGAAGCUGGUCAUCCACGUCGCGUUCACCAAGGCGAUCUCGUACGAGAAGGCGUCGGACAACUUCCACAACUUUACAGCCGACGAUGUGACGUACGGGCUCAACUUUGCGGACACAGCCGAGGCCGGCUCUUUUGCCGGCACCAUUGUAGAUUCGAUCAACAAGCUCAAGAAUCCGGCACCGCCUGCCGGAGGCGGUGGGCCGCCGCCACCGCCGCCUGGCCCGCCGCCGGGCGGCGCGGUUCCGCAGAAGCGCUCGGCGCCGUCGGGUGGAGGCGGCGGAGGCGGCGGGCGCGGUGGCCUGCUCGACGCCAUCCGCAAGGGCAAGUCGCUGAAGAAGACGACGACCCGCGAGCCGCCUGCGCCUGGUAAGGCUGCAGCCCCGUCGCCGUCGGGCGGCGGUGGCGGCGGCAUGUUUGGCGAGCUGCAGAACCGGCUCAAGAAGCGCGCGUCCAAGAGUGACGUGACCGCCUCGUCGCCGCGUGGCGGCUCGUCGCCUCGCGGCGGCUCGUCGGGUGCGCCAUCGCCGCGGGCGCCGUCGCCCAAGACAUCGUCGCCCAAGCCGGCGACGACGUCGUCGAGCUCGUCGAGCUCGUCGGGCGCGUCGGGCAACAACGGCGACCUCAUUGCGCAGUUCCGCGCCGAGCUGGAGGCUAUGAAGGCCGAGAUCCUGGCCGAGGUUGAGAAGGCGAAGAACGAUAUCAUUUCCGCUAUCAACCGCCGCUGAGCGCCGCUCUCUCCCGCUGUGAUAAACUCGUUUGCCUUCCUU